AUGGCAGUUCCCAAGGCUAGCAGCUGCAUGACAAGCGAAGCUUCCUUUAGAUCGCAGCAAAGGGCGCAAACAGCGAUGAAAACCGUGCUGUUGAGAUUAGACGACAACGGGGAGCCGGUGAGAGGAGAGGUUGGAAAGGGUGUGCUCACGUUGCCAUGUUUACCUGUUGGCCGAGACGCUGGGGAGGACAGCGGGCUGCGGGUGCGGUUGGUGGUAGCCGCCGGAUCGCCUGUGACACGGGACGGGCUAGUGUGGACCAACUGCCCGCCGGAAAGGAAUACGAAGUUCCAGCGGAACAAGUUUUACAAGCAUCUGCUGAGCGCAGGUUUCUUGGAGGACAGCUGCGUGGAUGUGGAUGUGUACGUACCGGGCUCGUAUUGCUACUACGUGUCGUUCCGCAACGAGCGGGAGCAGCUGGAGACCACGCGGCGGUUCUACUUUGUGGUGCCGCCGGUGCUGAGCCUAGGAGAGCAGCUUGUGCCGAUGAACACGCUGGCGGUGCAGUCGGUAGUGUCGAAGUGGAUGGGUACGGAUUGGGAGCCGAUAUUCCGCAAGAUCUCCGGCAAGGGCUACAACAUGGUGCAUUUUACCCCACUGCAGGCCCGUGGCGAGUCGAACUCUCCGUACUCGAUAUACGACCAGCUGCAGUUUGACCUGGCCCACUUCCACAGCGCCGAGGAUGUGUCUCGGAUGGUUGGUAAGCUACACAGGGAUUAUCGCAUGCUGGCCAUGACCGAUGUGGUGUUUAACCACACGGCAAACAACUCUGCAUGGCUUCUUGAGCACCCGGAAGCUGGCUACAAUGGCGAAACGGCCCCCCAUUUGCUUGCUGCUAUCGAGUUAGACAGGCAGUUGCUGCAGUUCAGUAGAGAUCUGGCUGCCCUCGGAUACCCGACCAAUUUGCGUACUGUAGACGACCUCUUGCGUGUGCUGGACGGCAUCAAAACUCACGUCCUGUCAGAGCUGAAGCUGUGGGAGUACUAUGUCGUUGAUGUGCAAUCGACGCUCACGGAGCUGGCCCAUAUGUGGGAAAAGGUGGAUGCCAUUGACGAGGGCGUCCCCAACCAGUACAGGGAAGACCUGCACUGGAUAGCGACCUACACCUGCCAGCGUGCAGCGCAACCUGGAUUUGGAUCUCUUGCAGGCAGGUUUUCCAACAAAAUUGAUGCUGAUAAGUUUAUCAGUAUUUUGAAGGGCCUCUACGGGGCUAGCUGGCGCCCAGGCCACUUGGAUUCCGCACACAAGAUAUUGGACGAAAUUAACCUGCCCCUCUACAAGGAGUAUGAUGCUGAUAUUGGCGAAAUCCUAGAACAAUUGUACAAUAGGAUUCGCUACCUGCGUUUAGAUUCGAACGGGCCACAAUUGGGUCCGAUUACUGAGCAAGAUCCACUUACCGAACCGUACUUCACGUGGGUAGAAGCAAAGGACGGCAAGCAAUACGCGCUGGCAAACAACGGAUGGAUCUGGAACGGUAAUCCAUUGGUUGACUUUGCCUCUGAAAAAAGUAAGUCAUACCUCAGAAGAGAGGUCAUAGUUUGGAGUGACUGUGUCAAGUUACGAUAUGGUGCCUCCCCGCACGACUCGCCCUAUUUGUGGUCUCGAAUGACGCAAUAUAUUGAGAUGAAUGCAAAAAUAUUUGACGGUUUCAGGAUUGAUAAUUGUCAUUCUACGCCAUUACAUGUGGGCGAGUAUUUCCUUGACCUAGCGAGGGAGAUUAAUCCAAAUCUGUAUGUGGCGGCUGAGUUAUUCUCUGGUGAUGAGGCUUUGGACUGUCUAUACGUCGAAAGGCUGGCCAUUUCUUCGUUAAUUCGCGAGGCAAUGCAGGCUUGGUCGGAGGAGGAAUUAUCUCGCAUUGUGCAUAGGCAUGGCGGAAGACCAAUUGGAUCUUACAAGUACAUGCCUCUGACCUACUUCAGCUCUCCAAAGGAAGGAGAAAAUUACAACGGCGUUACCAAAAGUAUCGACAACGAGUACACGCUCCCAGUUGUCUGCACAGCUACCGCACCACAUGCUUUAUUCAUGGAUUGUACUCAUGACAACGAAACCCCGUACCAGAAAAGGACUUUGCAAGAUACCCUACCAACAGCAGCGUUGGUUGCAUUCUGUUCUUCUGCGAUCGGGUCAGUAUAUGGCUAUGAUGAAAUAUUUCCCCGUCUACUAGAUGUUGUGACAGAAGAUCGGACCUAUUCGGUAGUGGAAGGCGACGGUAUCUCAAUGGUAAAGGCACAGCUAUCCAACAUAAGAAAAUUAGUCGCCAGCUCUAUGGGCGAUAUUGAAGACUCUGAGAUGCAUGUGCAUCAUGAUGGCCAGUAUAUCACAUUCCACCGAACGAACUCCAAGACCGUUGAAGGUUGGUUUUUGGUUGCUCGGAGUAAGUUUCGCGAGGGCGAUCCCGAACAACGGCUGCCUGAUAUCACUCUCGCUGGUGUGAAGUGCGAACUGGAAUUUAGUUACGCAUUGGAACAGACGGGCGAUGUCCCCGAUGACAACGGAAAAGUUAUUCUCGGUAUUCCUACCCGCUUGAGUGAAUUAUCUGGAUUUGAAGUCAAGUACGAGCCGGACUCCAACGUCAGUACUAUAUCUAUGCCUGGUUAUUUCCCCCAAGGUUCAAUAGCAGUAUUCAAAACGAGUAUGGUCGGUAUGGAUGACGAAUUGGAAGGAUUCAUCUCUGCAGGAAUCACAAGGGCGACGCAAAAUUUAAACUUAUACUCCUUGAACAGCGUGCUCUAUAGAUGCAAAGCUGAAGAAAUGGACCGUACUGGAAACAAAAAUAGUGUCUAUAACAUUCCAGGAUAUGGCGACCUUGUCUACUGUGGGUUACAAGGCUGGGUCAGCGUUCUAAAGGACAUCAUACCUGAAAAUAACUUAGCUCAUCCAUUGAGCGAACAUCUGCGCAAUGGCACAUGGGCGCCUGAUUAUAUUGUUAACAGUUUGGAUUGGUACAAUAAUGAGCCUGGUGUUAAAGAUAUUCAAAACUGGUUCCGGACCAAAUUUGAACGCAUAAAGAGCCUCCCCUAUUACCUCAUUCCCAGAUAUUUUGCACUGGUGGUUGGGAUUGCCUAUGUCGCCUGCCAUAGGAAGGCUAUGUCGUUGAUGACCAAUACUAUAGGCACAUCCACCAUGUUUAUUCAACAAUUGGCCAUGGUCUCUGUGCAGAUGGUUUCGAACAUUAGCUCCGCGUCUUUACUUCCUGACCGCACUGUUCCAUCGAUGGCAGCAGGCUUGCCACACUUCAGCACGCACUACAUGCGAUGCUGGGGGCGUGACGUCUUCAUCUCCCUUCGCGGCCUUCUGCUUGUUACCGGAAGAUUCGAAGAUGCGAAAAUGCACAUUUUAGCUUUUGCCAAGACGCUAAAACAUGGAUUGAUUCCGAAUCUCCUCGCGGCAGGCAAGGAUCCAAGAUACAAUGCUCGAGAUGCCGCAUGGUUUUUCAUACAGUCUAUCCAGGACUAUAUUUCCAUUGUCCCCAACGGAGAGCAGAUCCUAGAAGAGCGUGUCACGCGCAGGUUCCCUCUUGACGACACAUACAUACCCUACGAUGACCCAGCGGCGUUCAGCUACUCCAGUUCUAUCAGGGAUAUCAUUUUUGAGAUCUUAUCCCGGCAUGCGCUCGGGAUCAAGUACCGGGAGGCUAACGCGGGCCCGCGCCUCGACUCGGUGAUGUCGGACCGAGGCUUUAACGUAGAAAUCCACGUCGACUGGAGCACGGGGCUCAUCCAUGGCGGCUCCCAGUACAACUGCGGCACGUGGAUGGAUAAGAUGGGAGAGAGCAAGCUCGCCGGCACCUACGGUGUCCCCGGCACGCCUCGCGACGGUGCUGCGGUCGAAAUCAACGGUCUGCUCAAGAGCGCGUUGCGCUUUGUGCUGGAGCUCCAUUCCCGUGGCCUUUUCCCCCACACCGCAGUCCCUCGUGCGGACGGCAGCCUCAUCUCGUUCGUCGCGUGGAAUGACCUUCUACAGGCCAACUUCGAGCGUAAGUUUUAUGUCCCAGAGGACCCCUCGGAGGACUCCUCCUUUGACAUCGACCCCUCCCUGGUCAACCGCCGCGGCAUCUACAAGGAUCUCUGCCACUCCGGUAAGCCUUACGAGGACUAUCAGCUCCGCCCCAACUUCACCAUAGCCAUGACAGUUGCCCCAGAGCUCUUCUCCCCGCAGCGCGCCCAACGCGCCCUCGCCAUCGCUGAUCGCGUUAUCCGCGGCCCCGUCGGGAUGCGCACCCUCGACCCCUCGGACUACAACUACUACCCCGACUACAACAAUGGUCAGGACUCCACCAAUCCUCACACCGCUCGUGGGCGCAACUACCAUCAGGGUCCUGAGUGGAUCUGGUGUUACGGCUACUUCCUCCGCGCCUACGCCCGCUUCUCUGCUGCGCCCGCCUCGGCGCUGCACCAGAGGCUGCAGCAGAGGCUGCGGAACCAUCGCACCUGGCUGGUCACCAGCCCGUGGGCCGGUCUCACGGAACUAACCAACCGUGACGGGGCCUACUGCCACGACUCGAGUCCGACCCAGGCCUGGAGCGCGAGCUGCUUAUUAGACCUGUUAUACGACGUCUGA